AUGGCGGCAGAAGGGGAGGAAGAGUUUAAGGGUCAGAAUCGCCUGCUCUAUUGCCGCCAUUGUCCCCAGAACGACCCGUAUAGCACCUCAGUUACCACCAACUUUCGCAAGCAUCUUGACGGUAAGCAUGGCAUCCGGGUAGUGGAAGAUUUGACACCGCUUCAAUCGUCCAUCUUCGAGGGAUUUGAGCAACUCUACCAGCAAGCACGGGACUUGGGCCGCACAACGGAAAUUGAGUCAGAGGUCUUCAAACGCUACCUCGACCAAGACAAAAUCAGCAAAGCGUUAGCUUGGAUGAUCGUCGCGCGGAACCUUCCCUACAGAAUCGUCGAAUGCCCUGAAUUUCACCACUUUGUUUCUACCUUGAACCCAGUCGCCAAGGACCAGCUUCCUUCCGCUCAUUCGACGGUUCCAAGGAUCAUCGACAACCACUUCCAGUGGGCCAAGGACAUCGUUUCGUACAAAUCGGACUCUGAAUUGUCCUCCAGGAUCCAGAGAGGAUGGGAGGUCUUCGACAAAUACUACAGCAAGACAGAAACGUCGCCCUAUUAUGCGGCCGCUCUAAUCCUUUAUCCUAGUUAUCGUACAACAUACAUCCAGGCAAACUGGAAGAAGAAAUGGCAGAGACCUGCAUUCAAGCAGGUCAAAGACCUUUGGCUCGCUCACCGAGAUGCCAUGGACGACUCCCUCUCGGCUCAUGUUCUGGACGACGAAGAAGACGAGGACCUUGACGCGUUCGAUCGCAUUUCAAGGAACCUGCAGAAUUGCACCCGACCGUCAAGCCAGGACGAGUACGAAGAUUACAUAUCGUGUGACCCGUACGAUAUCACGCCUGCAACAGCCUUGUCAUGA